CCCGGAAGUACAUGGCACAGGAGCAGCCGUGGACAAUGUUUACAUUCAGUUUAACGCUUGUCCGACAUGGGGAAACGCAGUACAACAGGGACAAGCUACUGCAAGGUCAAGGUGUGGACACACCCUUGUCAGAGACGGGUCUUGUGCAGGGUGACGCAGUAGGAAGAUACCUCAGAGACAUCACAUUCAACAAUGUGUUUGCCAGUAACCUGCAACGAGCCGUACAGACAGCUGAAAUAAUGUUGAAGAACAACACUCACUGUUCGGGGAAGGAGAUGGUUUUGGAGCCAUUACUCAGAGAGAGGGGUUUUGGCGUUGCCGAGGGACGUCACAAAGAUGAUCUGAAGAACAUGGCCAACGCUGCUGGCCAGUCAUGCCGUGACUACACCCCUCCAGGAGGAGAGACUUUAGACCAGGUGAAGCUGCGAUUCAAAAAAUUCCUCAAAGUCCUUUUCAAGCAAAUGUUGGACGAACACUGCUCGUCAGGACCGGAUGCCUCUGCGGGAGCAUCAGAUGCCGGAGACGCGGCAAACGGGACUGAAGCUGCUGCCUCGGGCGUCGCCCCCGUUGGCUCGGCUGACGAUGGUCUCCGGGAAGUGCCGGUCCACGCUCUGGUCGUGACCCACGGCGCUUACAUCCGUGUAGCCGUCAAGCACCUUGUAGAGGACUUGAAGAGCUCCCUGCCUGCGGGGGUGAAGAUGUGCCAGUUGUUUUCACCCUCUCCGAACACGGGCAUCAGUCGCUUCAUUUUCACCCUGAGCCAGUCCGAGUGCGGCCCGGUCCUCUCUGCUUGUCGCUGCGUCUUUACCAACAGGAAGGACCACCUGGCAAACCUCUCAGUGGCCGUAUAGUGUGAAGGGAAGGAAAAAGGUUUUAUGUACUGUUUGUGUGCACAUGUACACAGUCUCUAAUGGAUAUAAUCAUAAGGACUAAAGGGGAAAUAAGAGGCAAAGACCUCAAAGUUAUCACAGGUAACUGAACAACCUGGUAAAUUAUGUUUGCUCAAUAAUCAAUAGUGUUUUACUGUGGACUAAGUCUAAAUAAGUGCAGUACUGUAUAUUCAAACUGUUUCAUCAUCCUCCCAACUGUAGGCCAGUGAGGACUUGUGUUAUUACCUCUUCUAUCAUGUCAUACCAAAGUCCGAACUAUUUAAUGUGUUGUUGAAUGCGUCAAUAUGUCCGUGCGUGUGGCAUUUCCUAGUUGAUGCGUCUCCUGAGAUGCUGCUCAUUUUACUUGUGCAAUACAACGUGUUUACACUGAAUCUUUGAGUUUUAUACACGGAUAUAUAUAAUGGAAGAUACUACAGGAUGCUAUUUACACAAGUGCUGUAAAACCGUCCCAACUCCUUGUUGUUCAAUGUGUUUUUCUUCUUCCUAUUUUUAGAGUCACUUUUUAAUCUCCACUGAAUGCCUGAGCUGCUCAGCCCGUCAUGGCCUCAAUAUCUCAAGCACCAUGUGAUCUACUCAGUGGUGGAAAUUAACCAAGUCAAUUUACUCAAUUCGUGUACUCUAGUAAAAAAUGUAAGGUACUUGAGUAUCUCAAUUAUUGUCUGCUACUCUACUGCAAUUCAGAAACCAUGUUGUACUCUACGACAUUGGACAGCUUUAGUUACUUGUUACUUUAUGGAUUCUGAGUAAUAAUACAUAAUAAAUUAUAACAAAUGUGUUCAGAUAAAGAUAAGACUUUACAGUAUUGCUACUUUUACUUAAGUCAAAAAUGUGAGUACUUUUUCCACCACUAGGGAGACAAAAAGAGGCUUAGUUUCUCCCAUCACAUGUCUUCAACAACUGAUAGAGAUCAGUUUUCUCUCAUCAUGAAUGAAUGGAAAAAAAGGUUUGAGCACACUAGGGCUCUAUAAUGCAGUCACUACUGAACUGUGAAGGGAAUUAACAGCUAUUCUAGAUGUGUAAUCACUCUCAAAGAGCUUCAAUAUCCUGCAGCUAUAGCUAGUACAGCAUCUCAAAACCUUCAUAGCGUUGAACAGCUGACCGUGAAGGAAAAGGUCAACAUUUUGGGAUGUGUUAGCGUAGCACAAAGACUUUAAACAAGGCUCUGCCUGAGGGCAACUAAAUCCGGUUACCAGCUCUUCUAAAGCAAACUGGUGAACACGUUGUAUAUUGUUGGUUUAAUAUGUAACAAAACCAAGUGUAAAAACGUCAAUUUUACAUUUUUACGGUGGGACUAUUUCUUGGCUGGCAGCAGUAACUUCCUGGAGUUUCCUAUGCCACAAAACGUCGAACACUUCCGUUAGCGGGUCAAAGGUUAAUGGGUGACAAAUUUAACAGUUUGUUUGGGUAAAAAUGUCACCAAGUGUAUUUUUAGAGUGAAGUGACUCAUGUACCUGUUUCCUAAUUAAGAGGUGUGAAAGUGCAGGAUAUUCAGCUAAUGACUGGAACUGCUGAGUAACUGUGUCAAAGUUAAACCUGCUUACUCAUUCAUGACUUCCU